GUGAAGACUGGACCUGGCUGGGGCGGGAAGGGAGGGGUCGGGAGCCUCAGAGCCUCAGGCUUCCGCCCGGCCCCAGGUUCUUGGGAGCUCCGCGGGUCCCGGCCCAGAUAUCCAGAAAUUAUUCCAAAGGAUGCAGGGCAGGUGGAUGACUUAAUUGGCCUGUGGCUGACCUGUGCCCACUCUGAACUCCCCCGGAACUAACCAGAGCCUUGUCAGUGACACACCUCCACACCCACUAAGGGGCACGUAAGACAGGGAAAGCUGGAGUCUGGGGACUCUUAAGACCAAGGCCAGGUCUGGCCCAGCUGACAAACAGGAAGUGCUCAGGAAUCCAGGAGACACACCUGGCUUUCAGAUGAGGAAGACCAGGGCCUGUUGGAAGCACAAAGCACAGCCCCUUCACCAUCUGCCCCCGAGAGCUCCAUGCAGGUGCCACAGGAUGGAGAGGACUUUGCUGGUCAACCCUGGUACCACGGCCCCCUGUCCCGCCAGAAGGCUGAGGCUUUUCUCCAGCAAGAUGGCGACUUCUUAGUUCGUGCAUCUAGGUCCCGUGGGGGCCACCCUGUGAUCUCCUGCCGCUGGCGGGGCUCAGCCCUACACUUCGAGGUGCUCCGUGUGGCCCUGCGGCCCCGGCCAGGUCGGCCCACAGCCCUCUUUCAGCUGGAGGAUGAGCGUUUCCCAAGCCUGCCUGCCCUGAUUCACAGCUAUGUGACUGGCCAGCGUCCACUGUCCCAGGCCACGGGGGCUGUGGCCUCCAGGCCAGUGACGCGGCAAGGACUUAUUCGACGCAGCUUUAGUGAAGACAGCCUUCCAGAGGGCCCAGCUCAGACAGAGCCACUCAGGGCUAGGAAGCGGAGUGACAGUCAGCCUGCAGGUUUGGAGCAUGUAGGGCGGCCAACAGAAGGCCACCCUGGAUCAGGAGCCUCCACUAUGCCCGCAUCUGCCCUGCCUCGGACAGGCAGUGAGCCCAUGUUGCUAAAAACGCCCGUUCCCCUGGGAUCCAUUGCUGACACCCUCAGGGCCUCUGAUGGGCAACUUCAUGCCAAGGCACCAACCAAGCCACCUCGAACACCCUCGCUGAUGCUGCCUGAUGCCUCUGGAUGCCCCCCAACAUACUGUGAGCUGGUGCCCCGAGUGCCCAGGGUCCAAGGAACACCCCCUGGCCACAGCUGCCCAGAGCCAGAAGCACCAUGGUGGGAGGCUGAGGAAGAGGAGGAGGAGGAGGACAGACGUUUUGUAAGACCACAGGCCGAGGUCUCUUUCUGCCCCGCUACCAACCCCUUCUGCCUGCUGGGCUGCCAGAAUCGGCCUCUGGAAACCGAAGUCCUGCGUACUCUGCGUGGCCUGUUCCUGGAGCACCAUCCUGAGAGCACCGCUCUCCACUUGCUAUUGGUGGAUUGCCAGGCGACUGGCCUCCUGGGAGUGACCAAGGCCCAGCGGGUUGCCAUGGGGGUCGCCUCUGGUCUGGAGCUGCUCACACUUCCCCAUGGGCAUCACUUGAGGCUGGAACUGCUGGAGAGGCUUGAGACGCUGGCAUUGGCGGGGGCGCUGGCAGUGCUGGGCUGCGCAGGGCCGCUGGAGGAGCGCGCAGCAGCCCUGAGGGGCCUGGUGGAGCUAGCCCUGGCACUGCGGCCAGGAGCGGCAGGGGACCUGCCCGGACUGGCUUCGGUCAUGGGCGCCUUGCUCAUGCCCCAGGUAUCGCGGUUGGAACGCACGUGGCGCCAGCUGCGAAGGAGCCACACCGAGGCUGCGCUGGCCUUCGAGCAGGAGCUGAAGCCACUGAUGCGGGCACUGGAUGAGGCCGCCGGACCCUGCGACCCGGGCGAGGUGGCGCUGCCGCAUGUGGCACCCGCGGUUCGCCUGCUGGAGGGCGAGGACCUCCCGGGGCCCUUGGACGAGAGCUGCGAACGGCUGUUGCGCACCCUGCACCGGGCGCGUCAGAUGGCCCGGGACGCGCCCAGUUUCCGGGAGGCGGCGGCCCGGCGCCUGCGAGGGCCUCCCUAGGGUGAGACAGACGAAGGAGAAAGAAUCCCAUGGGCUUUGCUUCAGGGAGCCCAGCCAGCGCUUCAGAGCCUGGUUCAGAUCCCAGGGUGAGCAUUUCUUAGUUGUGUGAGUUUGGGUUAAGUUACUGAAACUUUGUCUCAGGAUGCUUGUCUGAAAAAGGAGAAUAACGGUAUCUAUAUGUCUAUGUCUGUAUAUCUCCUGUAAGUUGUUGUGAAGAUGAGAACAGUGCCUUUACUUAUUCAGAUAUAUACUGAGUGCGUACUGCAUACCAGGUACCCGUUCCAGGCAUUUGAAAUAUAGCACUAAACAGAACUACCAGGAGCCUACCUCCGUUCACAAUCUCUCAGGAAAACAGGAAUUCUAGUGAUCCAUCUAUGGGGUUUGGAAUAGUGCCUGGUAUACAAUAACACUCUAUAAACACUAGCUAUUAUUAUUGUCAUUAGUCCCUGGCCCCUGCUUCCUCCCUGUCUAUAUAUCCAGGCAGUUAUGGUUACAAGCGUGGUCCUUUGGACGAUGUCAAACCUGGGUUUAACUUCUUUCCAGUCCUAAUACCUGAUGCACAUUACAGAUGAGGAAACUGGAAACAGCCAGAAUUCAAGGGCCAGUCCAUCUGGACUCCAGAGCAUGCACCCGUAACCUCCACAUCAUAAAAACUCAGGAACGAUAGACUUCUCGAAUGGAACUUUACACCAAUAAAAACCGUCUUGUACAAGAAGUUCUGUUCAAACGGCAAAAUAUCAUUUGGCCGCCUGUCUGCAAGUGGCAAACGUCAUUCUUAUUAUGUAAGAGGACUGGGAAGAGAAUCUUGUUGCUUGGAAAGAGUGAGUAAAGAUUUUCUUUUUUUAAUCUGGCAGGUUUCUUUAUUGUUAAUAUUUUAAGUGUUUUGUUAUUAAAUGAAUAACCAUAUGCUGCUUUUUUUUCAUUUAGCCAAUUAAUGUAGUAAGUGAGACUGAUAGAUGUUUUGAUAUUGAACCGUCUUUGCAUUACUGGACUAACCCCCAAAUGACCUUUUUUUUU